ACACUGAAGUGUCGCAGCCGAUUCGAAGUAAACCUGAAAAACGUUAUCAGCUAACCCACUUUUAGUCCAACCGAAACUCGUUGUUUUCUACUGAAUAUUUCAAUGUCGAAAUGAUGUCAGUAUUUCUAAUGGGUGUCGGCAGAGUACUCACAGAAAAUCUUAUCACACCGAAAAUGCAUUUUCUGUGAGGGUCAAUCACCCAUGACACUUGAAAACAAAAUUUCUAAUCACCAGUCAAUUAGUUAGGUAUCUGUGUUUGGCAUCAACUGAUUAUUAUAUAAAACAAAGUAACUCGUCGGUUCGCGCCAGUGAGUUAUCAGUGCAUUAAGCGCAAUGAAAGCGAUUUUAAUUUUUGUGUGUUUGUUCAAAAUCGGUGAAAUUAAUGGAAAUUUUUUGUUGGAAACCGUCGAAAACGAAAACAAAAUUGCCAAAGUUAGCAAGAAAUGUAGAUCAGCGUUGGAGCUGAGUGCAGAAAAUUUGAAGAAUUCCACAGCGGAGAAUAAUUGGGCUCUGAGAAUGUGGGAUGCAACCUCCAAGGUACCUGUGGGACUGAUUUCAUACAACUUUGGGGAAAUGGGGGACUUCAAGCAAUGUGUGGAAACAAAAUCGCUAUCGGAUAAUAUCCUAGGCAAAUACUGCCUCGGAAGUAUAACGAUCACAAACACUUCUGAUCCAUAUAUUACAUCGGAAAAUGGCAAUCUUCAACAGCAGUGCGUUGGACAAUCAUGGUACCUAAACAUCGACAUGCAGUUGUAUCUAUUUUCACCAUUCAUACUGUUGCUUUUAACAAAAUACCCAAAAUCAGCUAUAACUGUACUAGUGUCAGCCACUCUAGCAUCAAUAGGCGCAUCGUUCUGGACAGCGUAUAGUGAGCAGUUGUCUGGGAUAACUACGAACUUAUACCCUAAGGUUCCCGUUCAAACUUACAUGAAUGACUACUAUUUGAAAACCCACAACAGGGCUUCGCCAUGGCUUAUAGGAGCUAUGCUCGGUUACUACCUCACCAGAGACUCUUCCAAAUAUGCAAAAAUACCAAAGAUAUUAUCGCUUCUGACCUGGAUAUGUAGUGUCGGGGUAAUACUGACCUGUGUUUUCGGAGGUCACAGCACCUUGAGAACACCGUAUUAUGACAGGUUAGGAAACUCUUUUUACAUCGCACUCGUGAGACCAGCAUGGGCUUUAGCUAUUGGAUGGAUAAUCUGGGCAUGCUGUACUAAUCGAGGAGGUGUGGUCAAUACCAUACUGUCGUAUCCAAUAUUCCAGGUACUGAACAAAUUCACGUACAGCAUCUACAUUCUUCAUGUAACGUCAUUGUAUAUGAUAGUUUUUUCCCAGAAAACAUCAAUUUAUUUCACGGUGUUUAAUUUGGCUUACUAUUACUGGGGGAUAUUUAUGUUCAGUUUUGGAUUAUCUAUAAUUUGGGUAUUAGCUUUCGAAAGCCCAAUGCUGGUUUUAGAAAAAAAUUUAUUCAAAUAAAUAUGUUUCUAGAGAA